CAAAACACCGUUGGGUAGGCAAGCGAAACGCACCUCCGCCAUCUUGUCCAGCAAGGACGCCGCAAAAAUAAUCAUUUUUCCGGGUGAUUUUCCCCGUUUUUCUUGCUUAAAACCCGCUGGAAAUCCUUUAGAAAUUAAUCGAGAAGGUCCAGGGUGUUUCAGGGGACAGUGCAGUGCCGUAUUUUAAACCGAACUUUAAUUAAGAAAUUUUUCUUUGUGUACGUGACCGCAGCGGUUUGUUGUGGUGCCAGUGGUGCACCUAAAAGGGGCCGAUUUUUAGGCGAAUCAUGAGUAGGAGACAUGAUUCGGAGAACGAGGACGACCCGGAGCCCUUUCAGAGCUCUGGCGAGGAGUGGGACGUCGAGGAAGAAAAAAAGACAGCAAGACGAAAGUCUGGACGAGUGACGCGUAAACCAAAGAGGGCGAAGAUGGACGAGAGCGGUAGCGAGGAGGCGGACGAGGACGAGGAAGACGAAGGACGAUUCUUUGAGGAGGAGCAGGCGAAAAAGAAGAAGAAGCCCGGGCCGAAAAAGGGGGCGAGGCCCACCCCGAAGAAGCAGCAAAAAGUUCUUAACGAGAGCGACCUCUCGAACGACGGGAACUCGAACGUGUCCCAGGAGGAGCGCAAGGGGGUUUCCGGGAACGAGUCGGACUCCUCUAAAACCGGCGGGAACAACGUGAACGUUCAGGCGAGGGGCGUUCACCGGAAGUUCAUUCCGAAGACGAUUUACUCGGAAGAUUACGCUACGGGGUCGUUUGUUAUUGCGAAAAAAGACGCGCAGGGUGGGGAUCCCGCCAAACAUCCGGUCAUAUGGCGGAUCGACGGCAAAGCCCUGCUGCAAAAGUACGAGGCGUUCGACGAGGAUGAGAAAGUGAGACACAAAAACACCUCGAUCUACACCGGGUGGUCGCCUUUAGACAAGGAUCUCUACGCCCCGAUCACCGUUGACGUCAUCAGGCACAACAACAACAAUUUGACGGUCGAGGUCCAGUGGGACAAGCUCAAGGUCAUCAAUGACAAUGACAGCGAUUAAGACUUGCGCAAUAGUGUUUUUUUUCUCUUUUUAGUUUAAGGUCCAAUCAUAGAUGUCUUUAUUUUUCUUCUUUUUUUUUUCGUCAUACGAGUGUUUAUAUUAUGAUUGUUUUUUUUUUUUUUGAGUGGGGAGAAAACAAUAAAUGUUACUUUUAUGGGCUAAA